AUGCCUAUUGUAAUGCACAAAUUGACUGAACACAAGAUAAAAAGCUCAGAAUUAAUUAGUAAACGUUUGGAAAGUGCAAAAGAUGUUCGUAAUUUAUUGUGGACAGCUGUGGCUGUUGCACAGAGAAAAUUGGUUGAUACUAGAAAGGGUAUGAAGAUUGUGGAUAAAGGGACACAGACUUGUUUGUUAGAAUUUAUUGCUCGUAUGGUUGGUGGGGCUUAUACACCUUUUGCUUUCAUUAAGGAAGACACUCACCAUCACCACCACAUUACCUCAUUUAUUUACGCAUUACGCAAAAAUGAUAUAGCUUUCCUUUCGUCUGGAUAUCGCAAAUUUUGGCGUGAAAAAAUUACCGAAGAAAAAUUUAAAGAGCUAGAGAAGAAGGUAAUACCUAAAAAAUACUUUUAA